GAUACUAAAGGUUUAUUCCUGUUGAUUUUGUGGUACAAUUAAUACAUAUCUAGUUCCGCCAACAUGAAACCAACCCCCAAAAAUGUUGAGAUAAUCAAUUCCUCCUUCAAAUCAACUAUAAAAGCUCAUGGUUUAUUGUAAUUACUCCCAUAACUAUUUGCUGUAACAAGUUUAAUUGAUUGAUCGGUUGAAAUUGAAAUAAUAAUGUCAAGUAUCAAGAAAAUUGUGAUUUUUGGUGCUACUGGUAACACUGGAUUAGCUACUGUUGCAAAAGCCAUUGCUCAAGGAUUUGAAGUUACCGCGUUUGUCCGAGACCAAACAAAGCUUCCAGAUGAUCUCAAAGUUGCUUCAGUAGUUGUUGGUGAUGUUACAAAUGCCGAUGAUGUUGAUAAAGCCGUUCAAGGACAAGAUGCAGUUGUCGUCGUUUUGGGUACUCGGACCAACCUCGGACCUACAACUGUCAUGUCAGAUGGAACCCGUAAUAUUGUUGAAUCAAUGAAAAAACAUGGUAUCAAGAGGAUAUCAGUCUGUCUUUCUGCUUUCCUAUUCUGGAAACCAGAUGCGAUUCCACCACCAGUUAUCAAUGUCCAUGAAGAUCACUUAAGGAUGGAAACUAUAAUCAAAGAGUCUGGUCUGGAUUGGGUUAUUCUGUGUCCUCCUCAUAUUGAUAAUGCUGAUGGCAAAGGAGAGUACAAAUUGGUCAAGGAGCAAGGAGCUGGACCUAAAAUAUCUAAACAUGACUUGGGUGAUGCCUUGUUAAAAGUGUUGAACACCGACGAAUGGCUUCAUACAAGAGUUGGAAUGGGUUAUUAAAAAUAAUCCAAGCAAUUUAUGUUAUGUAUUUGAUCUUAGUUAAUCUAUAAAUUUAAUUUACUCGGAUUAAAAAGAUUAAUAACCUUUGUUACAAAA